UAACACAAGAGAAGUAGAGGUAUUAUGGCGAACGCUAAGAGUCUUUAUUUUUGGUCGGAUGAGGAGACGGCAUUCAUGCUGUUGCAGCUAAAAGAGCUGGGCAUUCUUAAAUAUAUAGACGGCCGUAAAACACGGAACGGCGAACUUUUUAGAAAUGUCGCCAAAAAGCUAGAAAAAGCGGGCUUUAUUCGAAGCCCCGAACAGAUCCGCGUACGAUGGAAACACCUCAAACAGAGUUAUUACAGAGCAAAGAAGAUGAAUGGAGCGAGCGGGUACAAUCCAGUCAUCACGCCACAUGCGGAGAUUUUGACGGAGCUUUUGGGACAUCGAGCAUUGUCCAUAGCCGCUGUGAAUGUCGUGGACAACAGUUCACUCCUGUGCUCGGCUUCAGAAAGCAUUCAAGAGUGUACAAAGCUGGAUGGAAGUUCUGAAGAGCCAGCUUCAGUUGAGGUCAAGUGCGACACUGUUUCGGAAGACUCAUCACCAGAGAAGGCUAGCACCCCUCCACCCAGGGUUAGUAGGCCUGCUGAAUGGAGGAGGAGAAAACGACAAACGGCAGAUAUGGAAAGGUUCUUUGAACGAAUGCUGCAGAUGCAGAACUCUUGGGUCUCUGAACAAUUUCAGCAAAGCCAGGAAAGAGAGGAGCGCCUGGUAACCACUAUCUUGGAGAGCAGUAACAAAAUAGUUUCAACGAUAAUGGAGGCUAUCCACAGCCUGCAACCAUCUCCAGCAGCAACACCCCAGCCAUGUCCUUCAAGCAAUGCCGGAAUGGUCAAUGUGAAUGUUCAUGACAAAAUGGGGUUCACCCCUCUGAUGGUGGCAGCGCAGAAAGGCUUUACCAGCUUAGUGGAAAUCCUGGUGAAGCAUGGAGCUGACAUUAACAUGAGAGAUAGUGCUGGAAAAGACAGUCUAAUGCUGGCCUGUUACGCCGGUCACCUGGAAACAGUGAAGUAUCUGCGGCAGUGUGGGGCCUCUUGGCAGUCUCAAGACAUGGAUGGCUGCACUCCUCUCCACUGGGCUGUAGAUGGGGGACACCAGCCUGUCAUCACAUACAUGAUACAGGAAGGUUGUGAGGUGGAUGUAAGGGAUAAGGUCUCUCUUUGGACUCCACUCAUGCAUGUAUCAGCCAUCAGUGGGGAUGCUGCGGUGGCCUCUAUCCUUCUCCAGGCUGGAGCUGAUGUAAAUGUCCGUGACAAGGCUGGGAAGACACCACUAAUGGUAGCUGUGCUGAAUAACCACGAGGAACUGGUGAAGCUGCUACUCGACAGUGGGGCAGACCACCAUAUUAAGAAUGAGUUGGACUGACCUGUUUGGGAGUGGUACAGAAGGGGGUGGUCGUGGCACUGUUGGAGUCGGGACGGGUAGAGGACAAGGGCCCGGUAUCCGAACUCCCUCUGUGGACAUGCUGCGACCCACACCAUGGCCUCUGAUCAAGGGGUCCGCAGGAAGUGGCUUCUGUGGAGGACUGGGCAUAUCAUGGUCCUGUGCAUGACAAUAAAAUAUUUGCUUUUACAUUUCCUUGUCCAUCAUACAUCCUUGAAUCAUUAAUUACAGAGUUUUGUGGCUUUUAUUCUGUCUUCUAGCGUAGAUGCCUUCCAUAUGCUACUGUACUCCUGGCUGAUAACAUUCACUUUUAGCAGAGAUACACAUUUAAAAUGUUCAGUCUUUCUCUUGUGGGGAAAAUGGAUAAAAAAAAUAAAAAUGUAUGACUCUUGAUACCAAUCUUGCACUACACAUUUAUGUCCAAUCAAAUGUCCACUAGAAUGAGAAUGUCCCUGCGCUUAAUAGAGCACAACAGUGUGUAUGUGUAUAUAUAUAUACAAAAAUGAAAUCCUUCUUAAUAGACUUAGGAUCAGCUCUGCUGUAAAUCACACCAGUACAAACAUGAUUUGAAGCAAAAACUAUUUCAAAAUCAGACAAAAAGACAAAGGUACAAGAAUGUAGUUGUACUGGCAUGAACUACAAUCCCAAGAAGCAUUGUUAAUGAGGUAAUCAAAUUAAACAACAGAAAUAUAUAAAACUAUGAUUUAAAGUUGUUUAUUGUAAGUAAAGAAACAAUAUAUUUUUUCAUUUUUUGCAAUAUAUUCAGAUAUUUGCAAUUAAUCAAGUAGUUUAAGUGUAUGGAGAUUGCGUAAUUCACUGUACAUCAUGUGAGUGGGCAGUCAUUGCAGAGGUUAUUUAGCAUGCUUUUUAAUUCUCUGAUGGGUGGGUUGUUUAUUCAGAAUCAUGGGUAGUGUAGUUUCAACAAGAAGAACCAGAAAAUCCACUAUUAUACAUUAUUUCUAAAAAAUAAAGGGUUAAAUAACGAGAACUGAUGGCUUCAGCAGAAAUAAAUACCAUUGACUGACAACCUCUGAGCUCUGAGCGACGUGUCUGUGCAGGACCUCCUCACCUUGACCCCACUGCAGGUCUGUCUCUGAAGGUUUAUAAGAUAUUGUUAGGAAUCAAUUCCCCUAUGGAAAAAAUAAUGGGAUUUUUUCUUCCAGAACCAAACCGUUGGACUCUAUGCCAGUGCUUCCCAACUUUUUUUUUCCUUCUGUUUAAGUACCCCCACAAAACCAUCAGUAUGAUCAAGUACCCCUUCAUUGACACAGAAUGAAAGAUUUGUUUGAAUAAGUACAGUAUUUACAUUGAGAACAAGUGCUAAAUCUCUCCUGUCUCUUUUAAGACUUCUGUUCAGCAUUUUUUUGGAUGAGCUCAUAUUAAUGAGGGUGAAGUUGCAUGUUUACUUUACCAGAAUGAAAUCUUUCUUUUUUUAUUGUUGUUUUGAUCAAGAACUGACAGUAAAUGGAUAUGCAUUAAAUGGAACGAGUCAAAAAAAAAA